AUGAGUUCCGCUGAAGCACUUCGGUACCUUGUGGACUUCGACACAAGCCUUGUAUCGAAAGUCAACCUGUUGGAAGAGCUUCCUAGUGUUGGCAAUGUUGUUAUCAACAACGCCGGACCUGCCUUCAUUCAAGAAAUCUUCAAUAAGCUGCCGAAAGGGAUGAAGAAAUGUUUCACGGACAUGAGCGAGUCCUACGCAAGACUGCAUUUUAUUGGAUUCUCGGAAGGCAACGAAUCACAACCUCUACCAAACAUCAUACGCAUGCCUCGUAUGCUAAACGAUGGCUAUCUGGCGAAUGAAUUCUCUGGUAUUGUGGUAACGACUCAUACUGGUUGCGCCUCUCCCCUGCUACAGCAAGAACUUCAGCCUGAUCUUGUUAUCAUCGAUGAUGCCUCUAACAUGACUGAGGCAACGACAAAUUACAUCAUCGCACACUUCACACCCAAGGCAUGGGUUAUCACAGGCGACCAUACCCAAGACCACUUCUAG